AGGCACGUGUGGUAGUUUAGGGGUGAACCCGACAAAAUGGAUCAGUGCUGCCUUCAUCACAUCGAAUUUGGUGUAAAAGAUGGUUCUAAAGUCGCCCAGAAAUUAAUUUCUCAGUAUUGUUUCAAACUAAUCGCUACCAGAACCUCUGCAGUUGCGAAACAGUGGGUGCUGUCGACCGGCCGGGCAAGAUUUCUUCUAACAGAAAUUACAUCCGACGUAUAUGAAGAAAUUAUCGCAGACCCGUACGUCAAAAUAUGGUUUGAUCGGAACAGAAUUGGCACUAGUGGAUCGGAAAGAGAGAGAAACAGCAAGUUGAAUUACGAUACAGCUUUUGAUGUCGCAAUUCAAGUCGAAGACAUUGAAAAGUGUCUAAAGAAAUUGAUCGACUCCGGAGUCGAAUGUUUCAGGCCGAUUCAAUGUCAUACGAGCGAUCAAGGAGACGUGAAGACUGCCACCAUCGUGUCAUGCGUUGGGAACGUGAAACACACCCUUGUACAGAGUAAUGGUUAUCGGGGAUUGUUUAUGCCAGGCUUUGUCCCUGUGACCCCAGAUGAUGCGGGGGAAUGAAACUUCAGUUAACGGUUCCCAAAAUGUAAACAAUGUAGAAUUAACCCACGUUGACCAUGUGACAUUUGUGUGUGAAAUGGGGACACUCCUUGACGUGAUCAGCUGGUAUCAACAACACUUUGGAAUGGUCAGGUUCAUGGUUAACAGGGAUGAGGAUGAAAAGGAGGGUAUGGUGAUCAAGGGGGAUAAUAUCGGGUUGAGGAUGGUGGCCUUUGAGUACUGGAAGUGUGCCGAGGUGGGACUGGUAGCACCUAGCCAGAAUCAGGAUCGCAUAACAUUCGUACUGGCAGAGUCUUUGCCUAGUCAAGGGCCAAAUCAGGUGGACACAUUCCUCCAGCAGCACAAUGGCCCUGGGCUGCAACAUAUAGCUCUACACACACCGGACAUCAUCUCCACCAUCACCGGGCUCAGACAGAAGGGGGUCAAGUUUGCCGAGCCACCUCCCAAUUAUUAUUAUGAGGAAGGGAAGCUGGAUGAGAUACAGAAAAUUGGGUUGAAGCCCGAGCUGCUCAAGUCUCAGGGGAUACUGAUUGACAUGGAGGCGGAUGCAGAUGCUACAGACAGUGAAGACACACACAGAUACCUGAUGCAGAAGUUCUCCCAGCCGCUGUUUGACCGAGACACCUUAUUCCUAGAAAUCAUCCAGCGAUGUGGAGCAUCAGGGUUCGGUUUUGGUAACAUCAAGGCGCUGUGGAAGUCCGUGUCGGCAUAUCUGUCCAAGAGCGGCAGUCAGAAUCUCUGAGCCAAAGUCUGAAUAUUUGUUUGAUGGGCAUUAUUGCAUAGAGUCACAUUUCGUGUUAUCAAGCUAAAAGAAUCUACACCAAAAUGUUGCUCUUUGCAAUAAACAAGAAGUUGUUAUAAAUAAAGUUGUAUGCUGCAUAACUGACAGUCUGAAUCUCUCAGCAAUAGUUAGAAUCUCUCAGCAACAGAAUCUCUGAGAUGUGAGCGUUGAUCAGGAGUUCAAUACAUGCAGAAAGAUUCCAAACACCAGUCAUGCUCUAAGCUAUGGUGAGCCAUGCAGUGUGCAGAAUUAAGCAUGGAAGUCAAGGGGGCUUGUCAUAACCCUCAUGCUGUAAGUUAACAUUUCUUCCCAAGAUUAAAUUAUUAUAGUUGAAAACCGCAAGGACCAAUCUUUUUCCAACCCUGUCUUUAAUGGAUUGGAGUUUCAUGAUGUUAUGGAGAUCUAUUUGUUUCCAUGUUAGUUGUUGGAGAAGGGAUGUAGAGCUGUUUUGAUUUCAUGAAUACAUUCACCGGGUCAGGUUCAUGAACAGCCAAGUUUGCCACAAAUGACAGGAAAUAAUCCCUGAUUGAGAACAGAGCUGUUCUGCUUCCAUGUUAAACUUGUUUAAUCAUAACUAAUCUGAUUGAGCUGUUGAGAUGACAUGUAUUUCACUGAUGACAAGGCAGGAAAAAGAUUUUAUGUUUUGUUUUACAUUACUGCAUCAAAUACAAUGUUCAUGUAUCCAAUAUCGACAUAUCAACUGUUGGAAAAUAAGAACUUAUGGAAAUCCCAAUUGUGCACAAAAUAGUGAUUGUUCACCAAUUUGCUUGCAAAAUGAACAUAGUUUAGUAUAUAAGAUAAAUUCCUGAAAUAAGUGAAAUAGCCAUGAGUAGCCAUGACAUUGUUACUGUUUAUAUGGGAGCUUUGAUGGUCAAGUUGUCAUAGCCAUUGCUGUGUAGAGUUACCUCCCUUAUGCAUACCAGAAUUCUUUGAUAACUGGAAUACUGUUCAUAGUGAUGUUAUACAAAACUUUGUGGGUCAAUCUUGAUUAACAGAUACAUAUGUUUUUUAUUUGUUUACAGGGGGCUUCAAUAUUUGUUACUGAGUGUAUAAUCAACAAAACUGUUUUGGCCUGUGAUACAUAUGAUAGUCUUGUUAAUAACUGGCUGUUUUUUUUAAAUAACAUAUUAAGCACAUUAUUAAUAACACCUGUUAUUCAGAAGUGUUUUUCAACAUUUUUCAUACACCGGUAUAAUCAUGAUUAGUUAUCUAAAUAUGUGUAUACUGAAAUUACUAUUUAUGAUGAAUACAAUCUUCUUUUACUGAAGAAAUAUUAUAUACAAUUUCAAAUAAUCUAAAUAGUUGUGUUCCAGGGUAUGGGAAUAUGAAAUGUACAAUAAAUCCCUUCGUUCAAUAACCAGUUAUGGCAAUGAUCUCAUGCAUAUAGUGUGUAUUCUGGACAUGAUUGUCAUCAAAACCAAUAUUGUGGUAACCUUUGACUGCUUUUUUUAUCCCACCGCAUAUAAUGCGGUGGGGAUAUAGUCAUCGCCCUCGUCCGUCUGUCCGUCCGUCCGUCCGUCACCACGCCAUCCAUC